CAAGGUCAUUCAAUAUUACAUGUAGGCUACGUAACUUACCGCGGUGCGACUCCAGCUGAGACUUAAGUCAAGAACGUGUAAAGGAGCAGGAACAUCAUGGUGUCCACUGGUAUGGUUGCCUUGGCAACCGUUUCAUCACUGCUGUCAUUGUCUCUGGUUGCAUUCAUUGUCGCUGUUGUUUUUUUGCACUACCGUCACUGGAAGUACAGUCAUAUUCCUGGACCAAAGAGACGCAGCUUUUUCUUGGGGAAUAUUCAGGACUUCAGGGAGUAUGUGGCCAAAGGGAAAUUGAUUGAAGAUGCCAUUAAAGACUGGGCGGAUGAAUUUGGACCGGUUUGCGUCGUUUGGUUUCUACACCGUUGCAUUGUGUACUUCAAUGACACCAGAGCCAUUAAGGAAAUCCUGGUCUCAGGCAGUCUGAAGUAUCCUAAAGACUGGACUUACGACGGUAUUGCAACUGUCUAUGGUGCACGCUUUCUGGGCCGAGGUCUGGUGACAGAGAGGAAUCAUGAAUUGUGGCUGAAGAGACGGGAAAUUUUCAACCCAGCUUUUAGCCGAAACUACUUGAAGACGUGCAUCAAUCAGUUCAAUGCCAGCUCUGAUUUGCUGGUGGGUUACCUCAAGUCCAAAGCUGAUGGCAAGACAGGUGUUCGACUCCUACCAGAGCUGAACAAGGUCACGAUAGACAUCAUUGCUAAGAUUGCUUUUGGCUCAAACUUUUACCAGUUUGAUGCAGAGAAGAUGACCUCAUUCAACGAGGAAUUUGAUACGGCUCUCAGAGGAAUGAGGAUGCAGUUUGAGAAGCCGUGGUAUACGUUCAACCCAUCGAGAUCAGCGUGGGACUAUCGCGCCAAGGUCCGCCAGGCCAUCCAGAAGUUAAGAGAGACCGGAAGGAUGAUCAUCCAGAAGCAGAUGAAAGCCUUAGGGAGAGGGGAAGAGCUCAGCAACAACAUCCUGUCCUUCAUCCUUCAAGCCUGCCAGCAUUCGGCGACAGGAGGAUUGGACAUGGAAGAAAUGGUGGAUGAGUUCACCACCUUCUUCCUGGCUGGCAAUGAGACCACUGCCAAUCUGUUAGCGUCAGCCAUGUUGCAACUGUGCCAGCAUCCUGAGGCCAUGUAUAGGCUGAAGACAGAAGUGGAUGCUGUCGUUUCCAAUAAGGAUUACAUCCCAUAUGAGGAUCUGUCCAAGUUGGAAUACACAGUCGCUGUUCUGAAAGAAACACUGCGGUUGUGUCCUCCAGGUAACGGCACCGUCAGAGUCGCCAGUGAAGACACGCUGAUUGACGGCAUGAAGAUACCUGCCGGUACUACACUGGGUGUGUCCUUUUACACCAUUGGCCGCAGCGAGAGGUACUGGACCAAUGUCAUGGAGUUUUCUCCCGACCGUUUCCUUGCUGGAGAUGGAAGUUCCUCCGGUGCCUUCAUGCCAUUCUCCAUCGGUCCCAGGAACUGCAUUGGCCAACAAUUUGCGAUGAUUGAAGCUCGUAUCCUGUUAGCCAAACUCCUGCAGAACUUCAGUUUCAGCCUGGUUCCGGGACAGGACUUGGGGUGCGUUGUUGAAACCACCAUGAAACCAAAGGACGGAUGCCAGGUCUUCAUAACGCCAGCGGAGGAGAGUGGGCAUCAACCCACCGGCAGCCAGUAAGACUGAGAAGGAACAAGGCAUGUCCCCACGUUGAAGGUUAAACUGACAUCACACAAGACGCUGUUUUUUGAUUAAUUUGCUGGCGGGGGGGGGGGAGUGGUCAGAGGGGCUCAACCUUGCCCCAUCUUUUUUUGCAUGGGGGAGAUUUGUCAAGAUUUUUCCAGAUUUCAGGAUUUCUUUUCAUUUUCUUGAUUUCAGGGUUUUUUCAAAAAUUCUCUUUUUAAAUCUGGAACAUCCUGAGUUUACGGUGUUUUUAUGUGUGACAGUUUAUUUAGAACACAAGAAGUGGAUAGUUUAAGGGAUGCCUUCAGCCAAACAUGAAUGUAUGCCAGAGACCCCACACUUCUGUGGGGCCUAACCUUUGUGGGAUUAUUUUGUGGGCAUUUCCUAUUCCUCCAAUCUCACCUCUGUAUUGGGCAGAGGAGAGAUAGGAUUCACAUCCGUCUGUAUGUGCACCAAACUAGCCAAAUGUAGCUUUUCCUGUAAUGGUCAACAGUUGUAACAGGGUAUUGUAUACUGAUAAUCUACCACAUUGUACAGUUCUUCUCGUGGAUUCAAUAAGAAAUUUGGAGGAUGUGCAUAGUCUUGCGUAGAGCUUGUAGUUUUGUAGAGUAAUGGUUUCAGAUCAUAUUUUGUAAUGUCUGUAGUAAUGUAAUGAAUACAAACAGUACAUAAUUUGGCAACAGAGUUUGUAAAUUGAAAUAUAUUCUGUGUACAUUAAUUUGAGCCAAUUGUUUAGUUAACUGUAUGCAUCGUGUGUUCUUAAUAAUUUGUGUGAACUAUUUUACUACUCACCAUAAAGACGGGUUUGAUAUUUUUCUAUCUAAAGCAGAUCAAAGUGUCCAAUUUUUACUCAUUUCAAAAAAAUGAAAGCCAUAUCCAAAAUUUUGUGAAGUUUGUGUUUUAUUUUACAUAAUAUACGUUGGAUUUUAUCUGAUGUGAGUUAAGUCAUGAAUGAUAAUGUACAUAGAUGUGACAACGGUAUUUCAUGAUAAGAUAUUUUUAGGACAUUUUGUUUCAACAAUACAAGGUUUUCUGAAUAUAUUUCACAAAAAGUUACAUUUUUAAGAUUGUAGAAUUUUUAUGUUGAAUACCUCUGACAAAUAUUAUGGUUGUAGAUAUCUAUUUCUGAACUACACAGAAUUUAUCUUGGAAAGCAUUUCAUUUGUAUAUGAAUAGCUCUCUGAAUAUUUUGUCUCUGGAGUAUUUAGCAAUAAUUUUGCUACACAAUGUGUAAAUUUUCAAAUGUAGUAGUAUUUAACAUGUUUAUCCAAUAGCCAAAUGGACCAUGAUCAUUUAUGAAACUAGGUUUUAUGAUAUUAAACCUUGCACAGAGUAAUAGUUAGGUGAUUUACAUAUGCUGGACUUACUUUUUUCUGUGAUGUAUUAAAAAGAUUGCAAUGUAAA